AUGGUAAAUACUGUAUUGGGUGAUGGUCUGCUUAGCAAACUGGUUGCGAGUCCGAUGCAGGCUUUUGGACUUGGUGAUUCCGAAGAACGAGCAACUGAAAAUGCUCGUCCACGUUCUCAAUCAAAGUUGGAUGGCCCAAACACACUAGACACGCAACCUGCAAGUGGUAACGGUGAAAAAAUUUACAGCAGUAACGCCAACAAGAAGAAAGGAAAGCCAGACUUAAAAGAACUAUUAGAAAAUGGUGACGAACAAUUAUUUGUAGACGGGAGGCCGGUUAAGAACGAAAAAACGCUUAUUGAGGCCUACGAAAUGAACAGUAAUCCAAAUGAGCCAGAAAAAGUGCCUACUGAUUCCCCUGUAAAUAAUCGGCAAAAAACUCUACCAUCUGAAACAGAAGAAAUAAUAAAAACUCUGACAAAUCGCUCGAAAGCAGCAAAAACAGCAACUACGGCAACGGUGACCCUGGGUAUUCCUGCAUUCACUACUCCACCACCACAAGCAGUAGCUGAAACUCUGCUAACAGCUUUGAAACAGUUUCUUGAUAAUGAUACGCAAACAACAGCAAAGCUUGAAGCUGAAACUCAGCAGCCGCUCAUUGACCAUACUGCUCCACCUGAAGCUGUACCGUUCUCAUUAAACCAGGCAGUAAAUGCACAUUCUGUAACCCCAGCAAAUGCAGCGCAGUUUAUUCCAGCUGAUCUUACCAAAAUUGAUCCGGCUCGAUUAAACGAAAUAUACGCACUAAUGCGUGAUUAUCACUUGAAUAGUAAAAUUUUAAAAUUUAUUGGUUUUCUUGUUAUAGUACCUAAUUCACCAAUACGAAGAAGUGAUUUGAAAAGUCCAAUAGAUGCUAUAUUGUCUUCGUUUCGCUCUCGGGAUAUCUCAGAGCUGUCAAUGGACGCUGAACUAGACGAACAAAAAAUGAAAAUACAUGAACAAAAAAUGCAAGAGGAGCAGCUUCAAUUACAGGCAGCUAAUCUAGAAGAACAACGAAGACAGAUGGAAGAAAAAUUACAGAGACAGUUGUAUACCUGGCAUGGAGCGUUUAAAACGCUUUCUGGGCCGGAAACCUUGGCAGCGGACGUAGACGAUUUGCUUGAUUCUAAUGGGUCGUCUGCUGGUCCUUCGUCAAAGCUAACAAAAGCAGAGGAAGAACAAUUGAUAAUAGGAAAUCCAUCUAAUAAGGCAUCUUUAUUAAGUGAUCAAAGAGUUGCUAGUAUACCUUAUGAUCAAAAUUCACAAGAAUCUGUCGAUUUAGACGAAAAUUUAAUCAGACGUGGUACAAGAACAGUAAGCAAUCUUGAGCGUCAGUUACGAUAUGCUCCAGAAAGAAAAUCGUUAUCAGCGGCGCCACGGAAAGCGUCUUUUCUUUAUGAUACAACUAACACUUGUCAAUGUCAGAAAAUUGAUUUAAACAACUUGAAAGGGCGAUGGUUACAAAUUUUGGCUUCAACUAAACUGGCUAAUUCACUCUACAAAGCCGUUGGCGUAAUAUUUGAUGAAAAUGAACCGGUUGAAUUAAGCUGCACAGAACUAAAAGUAACAACGGAAUCUCAGUAUAAUGGAGAAUCUAAAGCAUUAUUCGUUUGGACAUUUAGGACAGUAAACUCGGAAAGAACAUUUCGAAUAACUGGAGACAUCUCGAAAGGUGCUAACCGUAAUCUUUAUAUUCACGGUGAAGACUUCAGCGGUCAAAAAUUCCAGUUACCAGUAUGUGUACUAAGAACAGGAGGUAUUAAGGAUGGUGGAUACGAAUAUUUGGUGGUUGUCAGUUCUGGCGAGAGUUGCGAGCAACAGAAUGGAAGGGAUGGAUGUGGUAACGCAUAG